AUGAGCAAUCUAGUACCAGACAUUCUCUGCCAAAUCUUUGAAAACAUAAUCGGCAUAUAUUCAUUCACUUUCGGUCCUCCAAAAUACAAAUUUUUGUAUCCGUGUAUUUUUGUGAACAGAAUCUGGUGUCGGACAGCCAUCCCAAUCCUCUAUCGAGAACCGUUUAUUCGUAGAAAUGAAAACGGUUAUAAACUAGUUUCGACAUUCUUGGCAUUUAUAAACGAUGAGAAACGAGCAUUACUUUAUGAGAAUGAUCAACACGAUAUUGUAUUUUGCGGGUCCAUGCAAUUCCAAAGACCAUUAUUUGAUUAUUCGAGUUAUAUGUGUAAUUUACAUUAUGACGCAAUGCUGAAAAAUAUCGAUGAAUGGUGUCAAGAACGAAUCUUAAAAGCAACUCUUCCUUCUGAAAAACAACGAAAAAUAAUAAGUUCGCCCAAAAAUAUUUUCUCGCAUAUUUUUCAAAAACAGUCGAAAUCUAAAUCAGAAUCAAUAGAAAAUAUGGAUAUCGAGAAAAGUUUUCAUGAACUGCAAUGUGCAAUCGUGGACGCAUUGUUAACGUUGUUUAUGGAGAAUUUGGUCAGAUUAUCGAAACUUCGUGUUUGUUUCAGACUAAAUAAUCGAGAGAAUUACGAGAAAAAUAUGUUGUUGGUGCAAAAUAUAAAGUAUUAUCCGUUACUGUCUAUGGUUAGAGAAAUUUAUUUAACUGUCGAGUUACAUGUUCAUAACGAGUUUUUGACCAGUUUAGCAAAGUGCUGUCAAUCUUUGGAACUUAUUUUAAUAGAAUUUGGAAUAUAUAUUGCGACAAAUCGCCAACUAAAUCACUGGAACAACAUAACAGACAAAACAGGCGAGAGCAUCUCUAUACUGAUCCAAGCACAGAAAAAACUCUGUUCAAUAACCACAAUUGGAAUGACGAAUCCAUGCAGCAACCAAUUGAUAUCGUCGCUCGCCUCGCAGUCGUCUUCACUGAAACGUGCUGAAUUUCUAUGGACGGAUUUCUCAGGAUCUACUCCGUGGUAUGGUCUUGCUUCAUGCGCAAAACUGAAUACACUGACAAUUACACAUUGUCAGAGUAUUGACGAUGAGAUGGCUCAGCCGUUGUUUGAUGCGAAAUUUGAGUGUUUGAAUGAUGUUACAAUUACUAGUAAUUCGUGUGUGAAGUUGGGUGAAUGGGCUCAGAAAUUCAAUAAGAGUUGA